UAAAUAGAUAUGAUUUAAUAGUAUAGGCUGUAUAGGGAAACACGCCAAAAGGGUUGUUUGGAUCAAAGAGAGAGAGUGAAAUUGGUUUGUAAAUAAAGCUGGUUGGGAGUAUCAACAUUCAACAAAGGAGUGACCCUGGCCCAUGUGAAUUUGUCAACCCCCUCCCCCAUCCUCACCCAUUUUCCCCCAAAUCCCAAAUCCUAAUACAUCGUAUUCACGUGGGUCUCCUCCACACCCCGACAAAACCCACCCCCACACCCCCCCUUAUCGCUCUACCAUUAUUAUCGCCGUCUGCUUCACUAAAAAUCCAAAUAACCCAACAAAACAAAAUCCAACUACUCUCUCCCCCGCCACGCCACCAUGGCCGCCACCAUCAACGACCUGCCGGACGCUAUUCUCACCAACAUCUUCGCCUUACUCUCCGACACCCGUACGCGCAACUCCCUCUCCCUCGUAUGCCACAAGUUCCUCCAGCUCGAGAAGGCCACGCGCACCUCCCUCACUCUCCGAGGCAACGCGCGCGACCUCGUCUUGAUCCCUCACUGUUUCCGCUCCGUCACGCGCCUCGACCUCUCCCUGCUCUCCCCCUGGGGCCACGCGCUGCUCUCCUCCUCCUCCUCUCUCUCCUACGAUCCCAAGCUCCUAGCUCGCCACCUGCGGCACGUUUUCCCGCUGGUCACCUCCCUCACCGUCUAUUCCAGAUCGCCCUCCGUUCUAGAAGUCCUGUCCCCUCAAUGGCCGGGAUUGCGCCACGUCAAGCUUGUGCGCUGGCACCAACGGCCGCAAAUCCUUCCCGGAUCCGACUUCUCUCCGGUCUUUGAGCAUUGCCCCUCGCUGACGUCACUGGACCUAUCGGAAUUCUACUACUGGACCGAGGAUCUCCCUCCGGUUCUGCAAGCCUAUCCGGCCACCGCGGCCUCGCUUACGAAGCUCAACCUCCUGACCAAGUCCUUCACAGAGGGCUUCAAAUCCCACGAGAUCCAACAGGUGGUCGCCGCUUGCCCAAACCUCAGGCACCUCCUCAUAGCCUGUGUGUUCGAUCCCAGGUACAUUGGGUUCGUCGGCGACGACGCCUUGCUGUCAAUAGCGAGGAGCUGCCCCAAGCUCACGCUUCUCCACCUGGCCGACACGGCGUCGUUGGCGACCACCCGUGGGGACCCCAACGAGGAGGGGUAUAGUUCGGAGGACGCGAGGAUUAGCCGCGCGACGCUGGUGGAGCUCUUCUCGGGGCUGCCUCUCAUAGAGGAACUGGUGCUCGAUGUUUGUAAGAACGUGAGGGAUAGUGGGUUAGCGUUGGAAGAGCUUGGGUCCAGAUGUGGGAAGCUCAAGGUGCUGAAGCUGGGGCACUUUCACAGCGUGUGCACGCCGAUUGGAUCGCAGUUGGAUGGGGUCGCGUUGUGCGAAGGGCUGGAGUCGCUGUCGAUAAAGAACUCGGCGGACUUGGACGACAUGGGGUUGAUAGCGAUCGCGAGGGGGUGUUGGAAAUUGAAGAAAUUUGAGGUGGUUGGGUGCAAGAGGAUCACUGGGAAGGGAGUGAGGACAUUGGCUUCCUUACUGAGGAGGAGCUUGGUGGAGGUUGGGAUUUCUGAUUGUAUCAAUCUCGAUGCCGCGGCGUCUUUGAGAGCACUGGAGCCGGUUUGCGAUCGGAUCGAGCGGCUUCAUAUUGAUUGCGUGUGGGAGAGCGUGGAAGAAGAUGGGGAGAAGGAUGCUGAGGCAGGUGUUUGUGAUUUCAAAUUGGGCGAGUUCCAGAAUGCAGCUCAUGUGAUGGACUUGUUUGGUGGGAGUGAAUUCGAGGGGGUGAGCAACAAGAAGAAGAGAUGCAAGUACUCGGAGGAAGCAGGUUGUUCGUAUAGGGGAAGUAACGGGAAUGGGUUGUGGUACAAGAGCUGGGAGCGGCUGAGAUAUCUCUCUCUUUGGAUUGCUGUUGGCGACCUUCUGUCUCCUUUGCCAAUGGCGGGUCUUGAGGACUGUCCUAACUUGGAGGAGAUUCAGAUACGGGUUGAAGGAGAUUGCAGAGAAAGGCCCAAGCCGUCCGAGCCUGCCUUGGGGUUGAGCACACUGGCACAGUAUCCUCGGCUGUCGAAGAUGCAGUUGGAUUGUGGUGAUACAAUAGGUUUUGCACUGACCGCUCCGUCGGGGCAAAUGGAUCUGAGCCUGUGGGAGAGGUUUUUCCUGAAUGGAAUUGGGGAUUUGAGUCUUCUGGAGGAGCUCGACUAUUGGCCACCGCAAGACCGGGAUGUUAAUCAGAGGAGUUUGUCACUUCCGGCGGCUGGUUUGCUUGCAGAAUGUGGGACUCUGAGGAAGCUUUUUAUACAUGGCACGGCUCAUGAGCAUUUCAUGAAUUUCAUGCUGAGAAUACCUAACCUGAGAGAUGUGCAGCUGAGAGAGGACUACUAUCCGGCGCCGGAGAAUGACAUGAGUACAGAGAUGAGGGUGGACUCCACCAGUCGCUUCGAAGACGCAUUGAAUAGGCGUCUGAUCCCGGAUUGAAAUAAGUAAAUGGUCCAUGCUUGUUAAUCGAGAGAAGUACCCAGUUCAGAAGAAACCAAAUUGUUCAGGGUGAAUCAUGAAAGCAUAUAUAUAUAUAUAUAUAUAUGAGUUUCAAAUCACGUUUUUGUUGUCUUAAAAGCUGCUGCUUCUUUUUUCUCUUGCCAAUUUUUGAGGGCAGUCUACAAAGAAUGUGUAAUUUGCAACUGUUGGAGAGAUCAAUCAAUUCAUUAGAAGACCAGAAUCUGAUCUUGGUAUGGUUUGAUUGCACAAAAAAGGGACGAGUAUGAGCCAGUCAAAAAUGGAAAAUGAACCAUCUCAUGUUAUCACAGUGACUGGAAAAAUCAUUAAGAGUUUACAAAUUAAGCCGGGAACACAAUGUAACACCUCUACCAUGUUUUUGGUUUUCCUUUUUGUUUUUUUUUUUUUUUUGUAAUUUUUUUUUUUUCUA